GCCGCACCGUAUGCAUACUACACAAGCAAUCAUGUAUACAUAUGCAUACAUAUGCAUACAUAUGUCGGUAAUAUAGUCUCUCCGCCGCCGCUUGCGCCACUGCUCAAAGCAGCUUUUUCAAUUCAGUAUUGAAGCGACUUUGAAACGGUGUGGACUUGAGAAAAAAAAAAGAUUAACAAAUAGAAUUAUUCUCAACUGUCACAACGAAACGCACAGCAAAUAAGCGGGCACGCGAGCGGUCCUAAAAACGUUUGAAGUAGAAAAAUCGCUGUACUGUUAUUUUAUAAGAUACAUAAAACAAAAUGGCGCGCGAUCAAUUGAAUUCAAGUAUGCGUUGCGCAAAAUUUAUGCUGAUCAUUGUCAGCUUCAUGUUUGCGCUCACAGCCAUUUUACUCAUCAUGGUCGGUACAACAAUCCAAACCAUUUUUGGUGACUUCAGUCAAUUUAUUGACGAUCACUUCUCCUCUCCGCCAGCGUUACUCAUUGCGAUCGGUUUUAUUUUGUUGUUUGUGGCAACACUGGGCGCCUAUGGCGCGGUUAAGGAGAGCGUUAUGCUGAUUAAUUUGUAUGGCUUCAGCUUGUUCCUGGUCUUCAUUCUGGAAGUAGCCGCAGCCAUUGCCGCUUUUGUAAUGCAAACUCAGGUGCGUGGCAUGCUGAUGCGUACUAUGAACGAGUCUAUACAGGCCUAUGAUGACAACGUGUACGUGGCAGCCGGCGUAGACUUUAUGCAGUAUACUCUUGGCUGCUGUGGUGUAAAUAGCCCUGUAGACUGGAAACUACAAAAUGACACAAAUGUGGAGAAUAAAAUUGAAUUGCCACCAUCAUGCUGUGAAGAAUACUCCAUGGACGAAAUGAAUUUCGAUGAAUGUGUUAGGCCUUAUGAUAGCGGCUGCUUGCCUCGCAUGGACUUUAUCAUCUCACAGAGUACAAUGUUGAUUGCUACCGGCGCUACGACAGUGGCUUUUGUGCAGGUAAAUAAGCAAUGAUAGUACACUAUAGUC